GAGGCCCAAACGGAAGAAACAACGCUUUCCGAUUUAUCAAUGCCGGAAGUAAGUGAGAAAUUACAGGAUUCAAUGAUAAAAGAGGCGGAUAAAGAACAGACAAUGUCGCCGAAUUUACCAAUCCAAGAAGCGAAUGCUGAACAAGAAUUACAGCGCCCCGUAUCUCCAAAAAAAUAUGGUUGGAAAGACAUAGGAAGAAUCAUGUCAGUAAACAGCCGCACGAUUUUUCGAAAUGCGAAAAACAUUUCUCUCGAUCAACGAAUAUGA